AUGCUUGUCCAAACUGCCCUCGUCGCAUUGAGUGCGACUCUGGCUGCCGCUGUCAAGCCCCUCACCGUCAAGGGCAAUGCCUUCGUUACUGAGGGCGGCGAAAAGUUCCAGAUCGUUGGUGUCGACUACCAGAUUGGCGGCAGCGCCGGUUACGACCCUUCUCACGGCCGUGACCCCCUCAGCGAUGGUGACAUUUGCUUGCGCGAUGCUGCCCUUCUCCAGCGUCUGGGCGCCAACGCCAUUCGCGUCUACAACCUCGACCCCAACCUGAACCAUGAUGCUUGCGCUUCCGUCUUUAACGCAGCUGGCAUGUACAUGAUUCUCGAUGUCAACUCUCCCCUCGUCGGCGAGAGUAUCACGAGCUUCGAGCCCUGGACCAGCUACUACGCUGCCUACCUCAACCGCACCUUCGCCAUCGUCGAGGCUUUCAAGAGCUACCCCAACACCCUCGCCUUCUUCUCCGGUAAUGAGGUCAUGAAUAACGUUCAGACGGCCGAGUUCGUUCCCCAGUACCUCCGCGCUGUCACUCGCGACUUGAAGAACUACAUCGCCAAGCACUCCGACCGCGCCAUCCCCGUCGGCUACUCCGCUGCCGACGUGCGCGAGAUUCUUGUCGACUCCUGGAACUACCUGCAGUGUGCGGAGAAUGGAGACGCCAAGGACCCCAGCCGCAUCGACCUCUUCGGCCUCAACUCCUACUCGUGGUGCGGUGAUUCCAGCUUCAAGACCUCCACCUACGACCAGCUCGUCUCCAGUCUGAAGGACACCUCUGUGCCCGUCUUCUUCUCCGAGUUUGGCUGCAACCAGGUCACCCCUCGCCCUUUCACUGAGAUUGGCUCCAUCUACGGCUCCGACAUGAACUCGGUCUUCUCCGGAGGUCUCGUCUACGAGUACAGCCAGGAGGACAACAACUAUGGCCUCGUCAAGGUCAACGACGAUAAGUCCGUCAAGCUGCUCAUUGACUACCAGAACCUUGCCACCCAGUACAAGAAGGUCGACUUCAAGACCCUGCAGGCCACCAAGGCUCCUGCCUCCUCCCCUGACCCUCCCAAGUGCGCCUCGUCCCUGAUCAAGGAGAAGGGAUUUAACAACAACUUCACCCUGCCGGCCGUUCCCCCUGGUGGUCAGGACCUCAUCGACAACGGUAUCAAGAACAAGCCUUCGGGCAAGAUCAUCUCCAUCUCCGACUGGACCGUCAAGCACAAGGUUUACGAUGUUGAUGGAAAGACGGAGAUCACUGGCCUUGCCGUCUCCCCCCUUGCCGACUCCGACUCCAAUACCCCCGGCACUAACACUGGCGGUACCACUAUCCCUGCUGCCACCGGCACCUCCACCCCUACUGGCACUUCCACUCCUUCGUCGAGCACUACCCCCAAUGCCGGCAUCGCAAUGCGCCCCGAGGUUGCCGCUCUUGCUGCACCUCUGCUUGCUCUUUUGUUCUUGUAA